AUGUCGAUCCCCAAUGAAGCCUUGCAGAAGCUCCUGCAAGAGAUCGAAACCCGCGCAAUGGCAUCCCAGCAGCAGAUCGGAAUCACCAAGGCCCAGAUGACCGCCAAGCAGCGUGAGAUCCGCAAGCUUCAGCUAACAUCGAAGGAGCUCUCGGGACCUGCCCUCUGCGACCCCGUCAACAAGCGUCUUGCCCGCGAGAGCUCCGAGGCCGCUACCGAGAUCACCAACUUGGAGAAGAAGCUACACUACCAUGAGACUACGCACAAGAACAGUCGGGAGAACUUGGAACAGAUUUUGAAGUCUGGUGGUCGUGCGUGA